AUGGCUCCUUGGUCUGUGCAAGAAUGGCAUUUUGAGUUUCUUCCUGGGAAGAAUUAUUUCAUUAGUGGUGCCACUGGUCUCCUAGCCAAAGCUGCAAUUGAGAAGAUACUACGAGCAGCACCUGAGGUUGGCAAAACCUAUGUUUUAAUUAAGGCAGAAAGCAAAGAAGCUGCAUUAGAAAGAAUAAAAUCUGACAUUAUAAAUUCAACUUUAUUCGACUUGGUGAGAGAUAUGCAUGGGGAAUCUUAUCAAGAAUUCAUGUCAAGUAAGCUGGUUCCUGUACCUGGAAAUAUUGGUGAAUCAAAUCUUGGAAUGAAUCCUGAUUUAAUGAACGAAAUUGCAAAAGAAGUAGAUGUUAUUAUAAAUUCAGCAGCCAAUACAACAUUUGAUGAGAGAUUUGAUGUUGCUGUGAACAUAAAUACAAAAGGACCAUCUCGAAUACUCAAUUUCGCAAAGCAGUGCAAGAAACUUUGUUGUUUCAUACAUGUAUCAACCGCAUACGUUACCAUGGGAAACUUAGGCGAGAAUCUCAUCUCCAAAACCUCACCAUUAUCACACCCUCCUGUGGAUGUUGAUGCCGAAGUGAAGUUGGCUUUGGAUUCAAGUCUUGCUUUUCACGGAAGUGCAGAAGUUACUCAGAAAAUGAAAGAAAUGGGUCUAGAAAGAGCAAAAAGUUGUGGUUGGAAAAAUGUUUAUGAGUUCACCAAGGCAAUGGGAGAAUUAGUAAUUGAUGAAAGCAGAGGAGAAAUCCCAGUUGCUAUUGUUCGUCCAAGCAUUAUUGUAAGCACUUUUAGAGAGCCUUUUCCUGGAUGGAUACAAGGAAACAGGAUGGCUGACCCAAUUGCUAUGGCAUAUUGCAAAGGCCACCUUCCUGCAUUUCUAAACCCUGAAACAGUCAUAGAUAUAAUUCCAGUUGAUAUGGUUGUGAAUGCAACUAUGUCUGCUGUCACAAAGCACGGAAUUGCUAGGAAACCAGGGCUUAAUGUGUACCAUGUUUUAUCUUCUGGAGUAAAUCCAAUGACGUUGGCUGACUUUUUUGAUUUCCUAUAUGAACACUUCAAGUCCUAUCCACUUAAGGACGUGAAGGGGAAGACUGUGGACAUUAAAAGAGUGAAAUUUUUCAGCUCAGUGGAAGAUGUCCUCCCAUGUAUCUCAAAAGCAAUUAUGGAGCGAUAUGGGGUUGCUUCUGGUCAAGAUGGACUCGCAAGAAAAUUUUGCGAGAAGAUAAUUGAUCAAAGGACAAACAUGGUUAAGACAUAUGAACCCUAUUAUACUUCACGGUGGUUUGACAGCACUGAAACCUAUAUACUAUGGGAAGCCAUGUCUGAGGACGAGAAGCUGAAUUUUGGAUUUGAUGUGAAGAGCUUGGAUUGGAGGAAUUAUUUUAUCAAUAUUCAUGUUCCAGGCUUAAGACAGCAUGUGAUCAAGAAUGGCCGAUAA